AUGGCGGCGGGCGGCAGACCACGCGACUAUGACCACCUGUUCAAGCUGGUCCUAAUCGGAGAUUCCGGUGUGGGCAAGUCUUGCCUUCUUCUGCGGUUUUCCGACGAUGCAUUCACCGAGAGCUACAUCACGACGAUCGGCGUCGAUUUCAGGUUUCGAACCAUCAAUGUCGACAACGAAAUCGUCAAGCUUCAGAUUUGGGACACGGCGGGGCAGGAGCGCUUCCGCACCAUCACCAGCGCGUACUACCGAGGCGCCGACGGCAUCGUUCUCGUCUACGAUGUAACCGACAGAGAUUCUUUCGGCCACGUCGACGAGUGGCUAGCUGAAGUCAAUCGAUACGCGAACGAGAACACGUGCAAGAUCCUCGUCGGGAACAAAUGCGAGAAGGCGGACGACCGCCAAGUGUCUGCUGAAGAGGGACAGAGGAAGGCAGAAGAGCUUGGAAUUUCCUUCAUCGAGACAUCGGCGAAAAAUGCAAUCAACGUCGAUGAGGCGUUCACCGUUGUGGCCCGGGAGUUGAUCAAGAUGAAGCAAUCAGCAAGUGCUGCGGGAGGACGAAGUGCGGGGCCGCAGGGAAUGAGAAUCGCCAGUCAGCCAACAGGCGCCGAGAACCGAGCCAUGGCCCAGCGGAGUGGCAACUGUUCCUGCUAG